AUGUUCCAAAUUUUCCCCUCAUUGGUCCGGCUUAGCGCCUCCAUCAGACCGUGCCUCUAUCGCUCAGGCCGCUACAAUGUCCCUCAAUUCGCAACGGUAGCAUCGUAUGAGUCCACAGGUCAUGCAGGGAGCGUAUCACCCGUCGCUGUGGUCACAGGCGCAUCCCGUGGGAUAGGCCGCGCCAUCGCGCUUCAGCUCGCCCGAGACGGGUACGACGUCGCACUCAACGACCUGCCCUCCAACAAAAUUCAGUUGGAGGGACUCAGCUCCGAGAUCAAUGAACAGACUGGCCAGCGAACACUCGUUCUUCCAGGAGAUGUCUCUGUCGAAGAUGACGUGAAAGGUUUAGUGGAGGCCAGCACGAAGGAUUUGGGUGGGGUCGAUGUAAUGAUCGCUAACGCAGGGGUUGCUUUAUUGGAGCCAUUACUCGAAAGCAAUAUUGACAACUGGGACAGAGUCGUUGCUGUCAACCUUCGCGGGGUAUUUCUCUGCUACAAGUACGCUGCACAGCAAAUGGUCAAGCAAGGUCGCGGGGGGCGUAUCAUCGGUAGACCAUUCUGUGGAGCCUACUCGGCCACAAAAUUUGCCGUGCGCAGCUUAACUCAGACUACAGCGCAGGAGCUAGCACAGCAUGGCAUAACCGUCAACGCUUAUGCACCGGGGCCUAUAGAAACAGACAUGAUAAGCGGCAUCCCCAUGAUACCAGAUGAAGCAAUCCGCCACACAAUAGAGAGGCUAUCUGAUUCUGAAUAUACAAUUCGCCUUCAGAACCUGACCAAGACAGACCUCGGAUAUGUUGGAAGCCCGCAAGACGUUGCCGGCCUGGUGUCAUUUUUGGUAUCAGAUAAAGGGCGUUUUAUUACUGGCCAAGCUAUCACAAUUGAUGGUGGAAUGAUCUACCAAUGA